AUAUUAUAAUAAUCUGAACUUGUUAAAUUAAGAUGUCAGGGCGGAUCAGAGUGGUUAACUACUUCAUAGUGUACGCACUCUCUCUCUCUCUCUCUCUUUCUAAAUAGUCUGAGCCUGUGAAAGGGGGGGGAGAAGCCUUGGAGUUGUUGUAGGUUUCUGUUAAAGACAGUUCGCUGUUUUGGGUGUUCCAAAGCUUUCUCUUCUAUCUUUCAAACUUGGUCCAACCUCCAACAUGUCAUUUUUGAUAAUUCUUUUCUGGCGAUGGAUGAUGGAGAUGACUUUGUAACAGUUCUUUUUCAUCAUAGUUUGUGAGAGAGAGAGAGAGAGAAAUGCCAUGAGCAACAAGAAUGAAAUAGAUCGCCUCAGCAGCUACUCAUUUUAUGCAGACAUGGGUUCUCUCUCCCUGGCUCCCAACAAUGGAGUAGCUUCUUCAGCCGCAGCAGUCUCUUCUUCACAGGAAAGUAACCUCUCUAAGAAUUCUGAGGUGGAAAACGGGAGAGCUUGUUGGGGGGGUUUUCACUCAAUUACAAGAAGCUUUGAAGAACACCACAGCAGCGACGCUGAGGGCAGUGAUGGUUUUGGGCAAAACAAUGCCAACCUUAAUGAUAAGAAGUCAAAGCUUUGUGCCAGAGGGCAUUGGAGGCCUGCAGAGGAUACAAAGCUCAAGGAGCUUGUCGCUCUUUAUGGCCCUCAGAACUGGAACCUUAUAGCAGAGAAGUUGGAAGGAAGAUCAGGGAAGAGCUGCAGACUGAGAUGGUUUAACCAGUUGGACCCAAGGAUAAAUAGAAGAGCUUUUAGUGAAGAAGAAGAAGAAAGGCUAAUGCAAGCUCAUAGAAUUUAUGGGAAUAAAUGGGCUAUGAUAGCAAGGCUUUUCCCGGGAAGAACUGAUAAUGCAGUGAAGAACCAUUGGCAUGUUAUUAUGGCAAGGAAGUUUAGGGAACAAUCCAGUGCUUACAGGAGGAGAAAGCUGGGAAAUCCAAGCGGAGAUGCAGCUGCCACAACAAGAACAGAACCGCUACCUUACUGUCUCAAUCUCUCCAACGGAGAACUCACCAAUAUUACUACUACUACUUUCCCCUUUGGAGCCUUUAAUGGUGGUGGGGUUGAUUAUGGCUUAAGCAGUGGAGGAGAAGCAAUCUCAAGGAACAGCAGCAGCAAGCUCCUUCCCUACACUGCUUUCUGUGCACAACAGACUCCUUUUGACUUCGUCCCGGGUUGUAAGGGCAAUGAGAUGAUGGGGAGGUUGAUGAGGCAGGGCAGAUCUUGGGAUGAAGGUUUGUAUCCCCACCAGCAGCAGCAGGCUCCUUUUUUGAUGGCAAUGCAACAGUCAAACUCAAACAACAACCACAGCCCAUACAGUUUAUUAGAGUCGUCGUCAGCAGCAAGGCCUCAAGUUUCAGCCAGUGAGCCUUCAUCAUCAGCUGCAGAAAGCAGGGUAGGCAGCCAAUUUGAGGGCAUUCCACCACCAUUCAUUGACUUUCUUGGAGUAGGAGCCACAUGAAGUUAGAAGCGAUGAAAAGCUGAAAACAAGCUUUCACAGAAAACCAUCAUAAGAAGAUGUGGUCCAUGAUCAAAUGAGAAGCCAUUAGAGGUAAACAGAAUGGAUUGUUGUUCCAGUUAGAUGACAGUACAAUAUCUGCAUCACUUUGUUCAACUCAUAUCCCCACCACCACCCUUCUUUUUCUUGUAACCCCCUCCCCCCCCUUGCUCACAUCAGACUCUUUCCCAAGGUGAAGCAAUAAAAUAAGUUAUAUGUUAU